AUGUACAAAACAAAUUCGCAAGGUGGUAUUUACGCACCAGGUAAACCAAUUUCUAACGAAGUAAGAAGCAAAAUAAGUGAUCUAUUUGUGCAAGGACUAUCAUAUUCAGAAAUAGCUGGAGAAGUAAGAGUCGAUGUUAAAACUUGUAAGAAAAUAAUUUCAAAAAAUAUUACUGACUCCAUCUCACCUGGUAGAUCAACAGGAAGAACAAAAAUUGUUAGCAAUCUAGACACUGUUGAAUUUAUUGAAUAUUCUAAAUCAAUCCAACCUAGCAUAACAGCCCAGGAAAUUCAGCAAGAGUUGCUAAACCUGGGCACAGAACCUGUGCCUGCUUUAUCAACAAUAAACAGAAUAAUUCGGGAUAAGUUGGGAUACACUUACAAAAAACUUCAGGUAAUUCCGGCGGAAUCUGAAAGAGAAGAUGUAAAACAGAGGAUUUUCGAAUAUAUGGCAAUAAUGUCAAAUACUGAUCCCACAACGUUGCAUUUCUUCGAUGAAAGUUCUGUCGUAAGAACAUCAGGAAACCGUUUGUAUGGCCAUUCAGCUCGUGUAACACCCGCCUACGAAUUACAAUGCUACGCUUCCGACGCAACGUUUACUGUUAACUUACUUCACAGUAUGUUCGGCGUAGAUCAUUUUAGCAUUUUAAGAGGUGCGUCGAAUCAACUGGAAUUAAUUAAUUUCAUUGAAGAAUGUACACAACAACGAGAUCUUCAUGGAAAUCCAAAAAUAAAAAGGGGAGACAAAAUUGUCAUGGAUAACUGCGGUAUGCACCAUGGUAGAUUAGCUAACGAAAUGUUGCAAGAUUUAGCUCGUUUACAUGGAUUUAGUGUUUUGUUUCAGCCGCCAUAUUCACCUGACCUAAAUACUUGCGAGUAUUGUUUCCGUGUUAUGAAAUGUUCUUCACAGAAAUGUUCACAGAAUUGGCGAUAUCCUUAG